GGUGGUUCAAGCCUGCACCGAUCCGUCCCCGUUUGCACACCAUGGCAACGGCAAGCACGGGAGGAGGCAGUCGUAAGUUGAAGCCUCAGGGAAGUAACCCGGAGGCUCCUGAUAAGAAGUUGGCGAAGACGUUGAACGCCGACGACGACGAUGCGGAAUUGGGCAUGGGAAGUGGAGGAGAGGAAGGAGAGAUGGACAUGAAAGGCAUGAUGAAGGCGAUGAUGGGCAUGAUGAAAGGCAUGAGGAAGGACAUGAAAUGCAUUAAGAAGGAGACGGAGGAGAAGAUGGCCAGCAUUCAGCAGACCGUCGAGAUCGCCAGCGAUACCGCAGGGAUGGCCAUGGCGGAGUGUAAGAAGGUCCAGUCGGAGGUGAAAGGGGUCAAGGAUCAUAUCACCAAAUUCGAACGCGACCUGAGGGAGCUUCGCACUACGGUUCAGAAUCGGUCCGACACCAUCCCAGCCACCGACAACCUGCAGACGAUCGAAAAGGGCAUCCGGGAGCUGCAAGUCAUUGCUGCCGGCUUGCAGGAGGCCCAGGACGAGGAGGACAUUAUCGAACAAGUCACGAAGCGUGUUGUUGAUUUGGGAGCAGGAAGCAAGCACACCGACAUCUUCGUUUACACUGACCCUUCCAAGAUUGGCGUCAUACAGUUCAAGUCGAUCGCAGCAAAGAUCGGCUUCCUCAAAAAAGCUUCCAAUACGACGACCAAAUGGGAUAAUGGCUCAGACAUGCGUUUUAAGAGCAACGAUACACUGGCGAAGCGUACCAUCGACAAGGAGAUGGGGAAGGUCAAGAGUUUGUUGCACAAUGAGGGUCAAGGAUACAAGCUGGAGGACAUGAAGAUUAAGUGGAAGGAGAGGGUGGUGGAGUUGAAGGGAAAGAGGGUAGCUUGGAAGAAGGAGGGAGGGGAAGGACUGCAGUACGAGGGAGAAGGGAAAACCGUAGAAGAGGCAGUCAAAUCCUUCAUGACGGCCUGGAAGAGCAAACGAAUGGGCACCAUAGACGAGGAUCUGUGACCCUGCCGGCGAACCCGCUCACAAAGUACCAGUACCAGUCGAAUCACAACCUCUACAAGGACAGUUUUGGGAAGAGCGGGGAGAGGUGGAGGGAGAGGGACGCACCACCAUGUGUCCGGAGACGUGCCGUUUUGCAUGAUUGGGACAGGUGCUGUUGACGUUCCAGCUCAGGACCGGCUACCUCGAGGACCGGAUGCGGAUCACGAACCACACUUGCACGAUACAACUUUGGCAAUUCAUUCGAAGUUCAAUGUGUUUUUCAAGAACGUCAGAGGUCUCACAAAUGAGGCCCGUCUUGACGAGCUUCUCAUGGAG